GAGCGCCGCUUAAAAUUAAAACAAAUUAUACGUAUGGUUUUGCAACGAAAAGGCGAAAAAAAAAAAAAAAAAUAAAAAAGGAAGCCGCUGAACUGUACGAAUCAGCUACUGUUGGAUGAUAAAAAUAAAAAAUCGUAAUUUGGAGUAUCCCCUCUAUAAUUUGUUCAUUUCCAACUUAGGGUUUAUCUGAAAGUUUAACUUAUUCCCUAUCUGCUACUACCUCCGUACGAAUUUUUUAACUUUUUUUAACUUUCACAAAAUGGGAAGGAAAUCAACUAUCAAGCCGGCGACUGGAAUAGCAGUCGGUUUCAACAGCGGACAUGUGGUCACCAAGAGGAACCUCAAGCAGAGCAUCAAGAAGCCAAAGUCCAAGAAGAAGGAACUUAUAAAUGACGUCGUGAGAGAAAUAACUGGAUUUAGUCCAUAUGAAAAAAGAUUAAUUGAAUUGAUCAAAAUCGGUACCUCUGCUGCCACGAAGAGAAGCUUAAAAUAUGCCAAGAAAAAAUUGGGUACUCAUAAAAGGGGCAAGGCCAAGAGGGAAGAAAUACAAAAAAUUGUAAUUAUGCAAAGAAGAAAAGCCGCAACGGAGAAGCACUAAGAGGGAACCACAAGGAAGCGAAAAAAAAAAAGGAAAAAAGAGAAGAAGCAGGAUCAGAACCAGGAGGCUGCCUUCCCCCACCGUUUAUGCUACACGCAGCAAUUAUCGAUUUCGUGUGAACUUUUUUCCAUUUUAUCCUACCUCCACCGUUCUGUCCUG